AUGCUUAAGUGGAAUCAUGAAGCAUUCACCGAAGAAAGCUUUCUCGAUCCAUCAGAUACAUCCUCUGACGACUCCUCUGACCAGAGCCAGGAAGAUUUCAGUUCAGACGACACGGACCGAUUGAAACAAAUUGAAAGGAGGCAGAGCUCCGGGUUGACAGGCGAGACGGGGAAGCAUGGGCGGUUACUGCUGGCGGCACUGCUGGACACGUAUUGCGAGCUGUAUGAGACAGAGCCUGCACAAUCGAAGAAGUUGUUCUACCUUAUAUGUAGGCAGCUGAAGGGUAUGGGUAUCUUGGACGAGGAGUACAUCGAGGAGUUGAGCGGUGUGCGUGAGACUUACAAGCGCGCAUUCAAGACCCUCAUGGGUCAGGCUAAGGAGCUGCUGGAAGAUGACGGAGAUAUUCCUGAUCCAAUGGCACAUCAUGUCGAUGGUGUGAGCCGCAGGGCAAUUGGCUGGGAUGGAGACACAACGACAGAUUACUCCAGCUCCUCCGACGAUUCCGGAGACUCCGAAGACCACCUCGGUCAUUCCUCUUUCGAAAGGCCCGUCUUUACCAGGACCACUACUCCCAAAUCACCUGGUCUUACGCACCUCGAACGGAUGACCUUGAGUGACUGGUUGCUUCCUGACAAAGGCUCUCGCUACUGCAAUGAAUUCACCGAGGCUGCCAUGCUCGGCAAGGGUGGUUUUGGAUCCGUUUGGCGGGCAAAGAACCUCCUCGACGGCCGAGACUAUGCAGUCAAGAAGAUCAUUCUAGCACAGAAUAAGGUCGCGUACAGCAAGAUCUUCUCGGAGAUCAAGUGUUUAGCCAAGUUGGAUCAUCCGCACGUCAUCCGCUACUAUGGAAGCUGGCUGGAGCAUUCAGAGUUCGCGAAGAAGAAAAAGGGUCACACGCGAAACAAAGAGAAGAAACGACACUUGGCCGCAUUGGACGAACAAUUACUUUUUCACAUGGAAGAGGAGUUGUCUGAUGAUGAACGCGAAGAUAACCACCAUCACGAGGAGGAAGAGGAAGACACCGACGGCGGUGUUGUCUUUGGAGAUGAAGAAAUUCAUGAAUCGCCCGCAACUGACACUCCACCCUCAGCACAGAGUAGUCCGUGGGGAGCAUCUUCCAUUCCCCGCCUUUCCAUCCCCGUGCCGCCAUCUUCUUCGGUUCCGGCGCAUAUCCACCUCUCCACUUCACACAAGUCAAACAAAUCGAGUCUCAGCUCUUCAGUCGAGACGAUUCCUCGUUCACCUGACUUCUCCGCCUCCUUCUCCAUCGGCGGACCUCGGCCGCGUCCAGUUUCCACCCUCGCGAAGACACGAGCCCGGGCCGCUUCGCUGAUCGGGUCGACCACGACGUGUCUUACGCUGUUCAUUCAGAUGCACAUUUGUACGCUGACGUUGGCGGACCACCUGAUGGAGAGGGACUACCUCUCGUCGGGUCCACUCUCGACGCAUGUCAUUCAGUCGACGUAUCUCCCGCUCUUCCGUUCCGUUCUUGAGGGCGUGCACUACGUUCAUCACGAUCACGGGCUCGUGCAUCGCGACAUCAAGCCCAAGAACGUUUUCCUGGACGUUAUUCCUCGCGAACGAAGCGGGGCAGUAGAACUAUACGUCCACAAACUUCAGCGGCAGGUCUGGGUCCUCCCCAAGAUCGGGGAUUUUGGCCUCUGUGUCGAAGACGGGCAAAAGAUGCGGAGCAAGCGGGGUGAGGGAACAGCGGCAUAUGCCGCACCCGAACAACUGAACGGGAAGUUAGUAGAAGGAGAUGCCAUCGCCAGCCAGAAAGCCGACGUGUACUCCCUUGGAAUCCUCUUAUUCGAGCUUCUGCACCCCUUUUCGACGAGUAUGGAACGGGCCAACAUGCUGCAUAACCUCCGUCGCGGCGUGUUACCCGAGGCGUUCUGUGCCGCGCAUGGACGGGAAGCGGCAUUGAUUAUGUGGAUGUUGUCGCACCAGCCGUCGAAGCGUCCGACAUGUCAGGAUUUGUUGGAGAUGGAUGAUGCGGUAAUGAGUGCCAGCGGAACACUGCUGCGGUCGCCGCCACGGAAGGAGCGUGAGGGAUCGCGGGAGAACGGCGAGGUGGAUGAACUAAGGCGUCGUUUGGUGGAGAUGGAGAUGGAGAAUAGGAGAUUGAGAAGUUUGGUUGGGGAGCUGCAAGGAGGGGAUGGGCGUCAACGCUGA